AUGUCGGAGGGCUCUGGCGCUCUUCCGGGGACGCGGCCCGCCUCCCGCACGCGGGCGCAGGCGCAGUCGGAGAUGAGCGGCGGCGGCGGCGGCGGCCGGCCGGGCGACACGGCGGGCGGCACCUGCAGCCUCUCGGCGGCGUCGUCGAGCGCCUCCCCCACGCGCGUGACGGCGGUGGCGGCGUCGGCCUCCGCGGAGGCCCGGGCGGCGCUCGCCUUCGGCGACGGCUACCACCGCAUCCUCGAGGCGAUCGGCAACCCCGGCUACUACUCGAUGAAGGCCCUCUUCUACGGCGAGGACGGGCCCCCCGGCGACACCAUCCCCUCCAUCACCGUCUCCUUCGAGCUCUUCGAGGCGGUGCAGAACCGCUUCGCCGCCACCAAGGCGACGCUGGAGUCCACGAAGGCGGAACUCCACGCACGCCACCAGCAGUACGCCGUUCUGGAGGGGCAACACGAGCAGCUGCAGGAGUCCUACAGCCUGCUGGAGAUGCGGGCCAGCGAGCUGGAGCGGAAAAACACGCAGCUGCUGCAGGACGUUGCCAAGCAGGACGUCAUGGCGGAGUUGCUGCGGCAGCAAAUCACCCGGAUGAAGUCAGAGGCGGAGAUGAUCGAGGAUAAAAUGGCAAAACGCGAGGAGGAACUGCAGGUGCUGCACAGCCGCGUCGCCGAGGGGCUUGUGUCGCUCUCGCAGAAGGAAACGAUCAUUGCCAACCUGCGGCGACAGCUUGGGUACGGUGGGCUCCUAAAACGUGACGGGGUCCUCGGCAGCGUGGGCGGCGAGGGCGACGAGUACAGCCCGGAGGCGCUGGAGCGCAUCACCAACAGCGUCGAGGGCCGCUCCGCGGAGGCCCGCCUGCGGCUCUGCGUCGUGGAACUGGAGGCGCAGGUCCGCAGUGUGACGGAGGAGAAGAAGUACGUCAUGCUGCGCCACACCAUGUACCGCAAACACGUGCAAGACGUCACCGAGUCCUACGAGGCGCUCUGCAUGUCGCGGGAGGACGCCGUGGGGUCGCACCGCUGCGAGUCCCCGCUGGGCUUCAGCGCCGCCGCCGCCGCCUCCUCAGCGGCCACUGGGGCACACCACACGACGCCCAGCAACGCCUCGGUGGCAAGCCCCUUGCAUAGCGCCACGCAGCACCUCCUGAACGCCUCCAAGUCCGCAGCCCACGAGGGGCCCCAGCCCCCUGAACAGGCCGGCGAGGAACGGCGACCGAGCUGCGGCGACAGAGACGGCGACGGUGCCUUGGGCCAAGACGAGAGUAUCAAGACGGAGCAGGCCUUCGAGGAAACGGCGGUGCCGCCCAAGUUUUCCGAUUUGGACUCCCAAACCCGGCUCUCGGACUCCAGUUCGCACGGGGCCCCCGUGCCGCCGAUGGCGCCGGCGGAGCUACAGAGCAUGCAAGACAGCAGACUGUUGUCACCCUCGCAGUCGCACGCGGCAAACGUCGGCGAAGGCUCCACGUCCAAGGAGUCGGGGCGCUCGCGGGAGUCCAGGAAGAAGUCCCUGCGGCAGCCCGAAAAACCAGACUCGGCGGAUCGCCUUUCCACCACCUCGCCGCUGCCGUCCCGCCUCAGUGGGCCGCAGGGGCUGGCGGCUUCCUAUGAGCCGAGCCAGUGGGGCCCCACCGGCACGGUUACGACCGACACGGCCAACACGAAGGCGGUCGAGGUGCGGGAGCAGGGGACGCAGACGAGUUGGCGGUUGGGCAGGCAGUCCGCCAGUAGCGUGCAGUUGCCUCUGCACUCACCGGGUCAGGGGCGGCCGAGUGUGGCAAGCUCGCACAAUCCAACCUCGCGGUCCACCUCGUCUGUCUUUGGGGCGGCGCCGCGGCCCGGGGAGGGGUCGCCCUCGCGCCUUUCCCAACUUGCCGCGCCUACGGAAAAAGGUGGGACGCCGCAGAGAGGAAGCUCCCUGGUUGGAGCUUUUGGCGUGAUGCUUCCAACCUUCGAGCAGGAGCACCGUGAGGCGGAUGAGGAGCUUAAAAACGAGUUCCCCGCCAGGCAGGCCUCGGAAGACCGCAGCCAUUCUGGACGAGCUUCGCAAGAAAAGGGCGAAGUCGUUGAGCGGACGCGGUCUGCCACCAACCGCGCUGUGCGCUCCCUCGCCAGGAAGUACGUCGACCUACACGCGGCACUCCUCGACCUGGAGGAGCUUGUCGUCCGCUCAAAGGGAGGUGAGCCACCUGGUGGGACGAAGUCGACUCCGUUUUACGCGGACAUUAACAACGAGAGCGCAGGCGCGCAGGCGGAGUACCUAAGCAGCGUUGUCGUGGCUGACACCCUGCUGUUGCUGCAGUUGCUCCACCGCCUGCAGCGGAGUAGGUCAGGCAGCGCGCAGCCGCUUCCGAACAGAGCCUCGGUUGGCGCACUCUCGUCGAAUGCCCCCAGGCAAGCGUCUGACGUCCCCAUUGGUGCCCAGGAGAAAGCCAUGGACAGCGCACGCGACGCUACCUCUGCCCCUACAAGCAUGGCGAAGCUGCGACCGACAGAGGUGGAAGCGGCGGGAACUUCUGCGGAGGCCGCGACCUCCGCAAGAAAGGUACAGCCGCGGAGGCCAGAGGGCCCCGCGGGGAGGGCCAAAACCAGCGAGAAGGCCAGUGCAUCAGGGAAGAUUGGCGCGGCAGAGAAGCUCGGCGCAACAGGGAAGCUUGGCGCGGCAGAGAAGCCCAGUGCAUCAGGGAAGCUUGGCGCGGCAGAGAAGCCCAGUGCAACAGGGAAGCUUGGCGCGGCAGAGAAGCUCAGUGCGUCGCCGAGGGCGGACGUAUCCUGGAAGUCGAGCGUUGCGGAGAGGGCCGCCGGUUCAAGCGAGGCGGUUGCUGUUGGAAGUCUUCCCGCGCCGGCGGGAGGCGGCGUCACAGGCACCGCUGGAUCGGAUGCCCGGAAGGGCGACAAAGGCGGUCCCAUGCAUGCUGCCCACGCUGCUGCCAAAGGGGACCUCCGCGCGUCGGCGAAGAAGUGGCUGCAGGUGAUGCUGCACGUGUAG